AUGGAGGAGGUGUCGCGAGCAGUGUGGGACGUGUACGAGCAAGUGUGCGUGGCUGCAUUGGACUGUGGAGAUCUGGAGACGGCUGAGUCAUGCCACUCGAAGCUCAAAAACCAGUUUCCUGGGAGUGUCAGAGUCCAGAAAUUGAGAGGAAUGAUUCUAGAGGCCAGCGGAAAGUACUCGGAAGCUCUCAAGUUCUAUGAAGCAGCACUAGAGGCUGAGCCAACUAGCUCUGUACUGUGGAAAAGAAAAGUGGCAGUGUUCAAAGCCAUGGGUGACGCUGCUAGUGCCAUAUCCGAGCUUAAUGCCCUGCUCAGUGUGUUCAUGAGUGACCAUGAGGCCUGGACUGAACUUGCUGAUCUAUACCUGGAGAAGAACAACUAUGAGAAGGCCGCCUUCUGCCUGGAGGAGCUCCUCCUGGUCAACCCUCACUACCAUCUUCACCACCAGAGAUAUGCAGAGGUCUGCUACUCUCAGAAGACUGUGGAGAGUCUGGAAGUGGCUAGAAAACACUUUGCCAUGGCAGCAAAACUGAACCCCAACAAUAUGAGAGCCUUGUAUGGUUUCUACAUGGCCUCCCAUUCUCUAAGUCACCAUCCAAAGCUCAAGAGCAGAGACGCAAAGACUCAGAGCACCAGAUAUUGUGAUUGGGCACGGGCUCAGAUACGACACAAGUACAUGCAGUUUGACACAGAGAAAUUGCAAGUGGUGGAGAGAAUGCUUGAGAAAACACAAUGA